UCUCGCGCACAGGCUGCGUGCGCUGACGUCACGACGUCUAUAUAAGCGUCGGUGCGGAGCCGCUCGCCCUUUUCGGUCGGGAUUGCGGGACCGUAAGCUGCGUCCUUCCAUCGCCAUGAGGCUCUUCAGGUGUAUCGUUUCGGGAGAUGAGAUGUUCUCCGACAUCUACAAGAUCAAGGAAGGCCCGAAGGGUCUCACUUACGAGGUGGAGGGGAAGUAUGUUUGCAGAACGGAAGGAGGGAUUGAUGACUCGUUAAUUGGUGGCAAUGCUUCCCAAGAAAGUCCUCCUGAGCUGUCUGACACGCUAACGGUCAGUGGAGUUGACAUUAUCUUGAAUCACCAUCUCAAAGAAACUUAUUUCGCCAAAAAUGAUUACAAAAUUUACAUAAAGGAGUACAUGAAACGCCUGAGAGAAAAAAUUCAAAAAGAAAACCCAGAAGCUUUGGAAAAUUUUACUUUGAGUGCUAAGGCUGUUGUUGGAGAUAUUCUAAGUAACUUUUCAGACUAUAAGUUUUAUGUAGGUGAAAAUAUGGAUACUGAAGGGAUGGUUGCAUUGCUAAAUUAUCGUCCAGAUGGUACUCCAUAUAUGGUUUUCUUCAAGGAUGGUUUGGAAAUUGAGAAAUGUUAAAUCUGCCUGCAACUCAUCAUGUUGGAUUUGUCAGUCACAAUGACUUAAUGUUCAUAUUACCUGCAAUAAACUUGGAACUGGUAUCAUUGAGCUGAUUCAUUAUUGGUGAUUAACUUUGUUUUCCUGAGCAACACACAAUUGGAACUAAAGUAUGACAGCAUCUCUGGAGGGGAAUAAACAGUUGACAUUAGAGCUGAGAUCCUUCAUCAAGCUCUAGAAAGGAAGGGGGCAGAAGCCAGAAUAAGGAGGGACAGACUAUGUGGGGAUGAAGAAAGCUGGGAGGUGAUGGGUAACAGGAGAGGACAGUGGGCCAUGAAGGAGGGGAACUGUUGACUGUUUGUUCUGAUCCAUCAUUUUGUGUGUUGCUAAACAUCUACAGUAUUUCUUGUUUUGUAAUUAAUGAUUUACUGAGUUGUACUAAAGUGCAUUAAUUCCCAUAAUGCUUGUCUGAUUUGCACUGAUGUUCAGGCUGGGAUUGGUUAUAUGUUCCUAAUGUGGAAACAUUGGAUCUUUUAUAUCUGAUCCUUGGGCAAUGGCUGGUGAUGUAAUUCCCAGCCUCUUUUGCAUGAUGCCCAUAAAAUCCUCAAUUCAGGAUUUGGGGGAGGGUUUGAAGUUAAAAUGGCAAUGUGGGUAAAUUGAUGUAAAUAGUGACACUCACUAAAUGCAGGAGGAAUUCAAGUCAGGCAGCAUCUGUGGAGGGGUAUAAUCCUCAGUUUCGUGCCGAGACUCUUUAGAACUUCUCCAACAAUUAGUGUUGCUUAAUAUUUCCAGUACUUCAGAUUCUCUUGUGUAAAUAGUGUGAAUGUCUUUCAAUAAAUGUUGUCAAUGAUGGAUUCUA